AUGGUGGAGCGCGAGCCUCUCUGGCACGGCGUCCGCCAGGGCGACGGCGACGACGGGCACCGCCAGCUCAGGCACAGCUUCGGCGACAGGGACUCCUCGCCUUGGUCCGAGCUGUGGACCGACGGCCUCGUCUGCGCCUUCGAGUUCGUCGGCGCGGGCAGCCUCAGCCUGUCCCGGAGCAGCUCCGCGCGGUCCAGGGACGGCCUCGCGGCCGUGGAUCCCGGGAGAGCUACGCCGGUCGCCAAUAAGAUCGGAUACGCUUCGUGCCAAGGUUCGCACGACGGCGAUGAGCUGAGGCCACCGCCGUGCAGGUGCAGGCAGGGCGGGAGGGCGGCGCCGCCGGGCCCGGCGGAGAGAUGCUGGGCGCCGAUCGGGUGGAGGAGGAUCACCCAGCUGGUGGAGAUGGUGGGAGGGGACGCCGCGUGGGACGGCCGUCGGGGGACGAGCACGAGCCUCAUGGAGCACGUCGACGGAGACGAGUGCGACUUCACCGUCGCCGACGUCGCCGCGCCGUAUUGGCAGCGGCCGGCGGGGCCCACCUGGUGGUGCCACGUGAUGGCGGGGCACCCGGCGGUGGACGCGUGGCUGGCCACCGCGCGGUGGCUGCACCCGGCGAUCUGCGUGGCGCUCAGGGACGACAGCUUGCUCAUCAGUGAGAAGAUGAAGCAUCUGUUCUACGAGGUCCCGGUAAGAGUUGCCGGAGGCUUGCUAUUUGAACUGCUGGGGCAGUCAGUUGGCGAUCCCGCCCGUGAGGAAGAAGACAUUCCUAUUGUACUCCGUGCUUGGCAAGCUCAAAAUUUUCUGAUAACUGCGCUCCAUUUGAAAGGGCCUGCACCAAACAUUAACGUGAUAGGAGUUACUGAAGUUCAGGAGCUUCUUUCUGCAUGUGGAAGUACAGCUCCUAAUAGUAUUCAUGAAGUUAUAGCACAUUUGGCUUCGCGGCUUGCCCGAUGGGAUGACAGAUUGUGGCGUAAAUAUGUGUUCGGUGCUGCCGAUGAAAUUGAGCUUAAAUUUGUAAACAGGCGAAACCAAGAGGAUUUAAACCUACUGUGCCUAAUAUUUAACCAAGACAUUAGAAGAUUGGCUACUGAGGUUAUCAGAGUGAAAUGGUCACUGCAUGCUAGGGAGGAGAUAAUUUUUGAGCUGCUGAAAUAUCUAGGAGGCAACACUACAAAGUCAUUACUUGAAGCUAUAAAGAAGGACAUAAGACAAAUGAUUGAAGAACAGGAGGCAGUUCGUGGCCGGCUGUUCACCAUCCAAGAUGUGAUGCAGAGCACCGUUCGUGCUUGGCUACAGGACAGGAGCCUUCGCAUUACGCAUAACCUGACCAUUUUCGGUGGGUGUGGCUUAGUUCUGUCCAUCAUCACUGGAUUGUUUGGGAUCAAUGUUGAUGGGAUACCAGGAGCCCAGAACACUCCCUACGCUUUUGCAUUAUUCUCUGGACUGCUUUUCUUGGUAGGAUUUAUAUUGAUCAUUUUCGGGGUAGUCUAUUUUGGACUGCAGAGACCGAUUAGUGAUGAGCAGGUCCAGGUAAGAAAGCUAGAGCUCCAGCAAGUGGUCUCAAUGUUCCAGCAUGAAGCCGAGACACACGCCAAGUGAUGGGAUACUUGGAUAAGGGGAAUAACUGUACCGUAAGAGGGGUUCCAAGAAGUAAAGAAUGACGUGAAGAUAGAAAUCGUGUAAUAUAUGGUAAACCUUAGUUUUCUAGGUUUGGUUUUUCAUAACCAGUUAGCAAUGGUUGGUUUAGAUAUGUUAGAUAUUUAAUCGUAUUUGGUUAGUUAUAUCUUGUAAACUACCCCUCUGUAUAUAAGGGGUAGGGGUCCCUUGAGAAGCUGUAACCAUACCCCCCUACAAAAGGGGAGGUAGGGGUCCCUUGAGGAGGAUGGUCUAAAAAUCACGUAUUAUAUUCAUUAUGCACUUUUCCUAGUGUUAAGACAAUCAAUUUGUAAUCGACCAAGAGUGGAGUAUUAUCUUAUCCUUGAGAGAUGGAA